CCGCCGCCCCCAGCCCCUCCCGCCCCAAGCCCCUCGACGGCUCGACAAACUGAACGAUCCGGACCUGUGCUUGGCCUCGUGGCCGCAUCGCAGCAAGCCCCAUCUGGCCAUAUCCAAUUCACUUGUUCUGCUCCCCCCCACAACCGGCUAUAGAGAUGUGAUCUUCUUCGGUUGGAGCUAGUGCUGCUGCUGCAAGUUGCCGGCCCUCCGCGCCGCCACACCGACGGCCAGCAAGCAGGCGCGUCCGUCGUUAACAGCGGGAGGCUGGGCACAGUUCAAACAAAUCUGGGCCUAGUCUAGCAGUGGGCGUCGUGGGUGGAUUCCGCCUAGAAGCCGAGACUUGGAGAUGUCUUGUCGUUGUCGGUCAGCCGAAAGGGAAAGAGAGAAACGUGCCGGCCCGCGAUUCCAAUAGAUGAAAAGACGUAUCGCCUUGAAGCUCAUCGUCGUCCACAUCUCUGUUCCCCACCCCCUUACACCUCGCCAACAAACACUCCGCCCCACGCACCACAGCUUAGGUUCCAAUGGAGUUCGUCGAUCCUGGUGGGGAUGAUAUGGCAACAGGAUUCACCGAGCUGCUCCACCGUCGUGACUCGCAAAUGGAAGGCAUGCUGGCAUCAAUCGCCGCCAAUCUGGAUUUGGAGCCAAUCUCCAGAUCCGAAGUUGUCAACGGUACCACUUCCGAUCCGUUUGGGGGUGACACGCAAGCGGCCGAGGUACCCAAGUUCGGACAGGACGAGACGAAUCCUUCGUCAUGGCAGUCAGCUGGAGGUUGGAAACGCAGGUUCCAUGCUGAGAUGGACGGCCACACCCACAUAGCCAUGGAGUGGAAGGACCAGAGCCCAAGGCCAGAUUGCAGCAUGCUGCCGAGCUUCCUCACCGACCCGUCCCCGCGGACCCCCUGGUGGAGGAUUGCGCCGGCAACGACGGCUCCGAGGGGGCUGGGUUCGAGAGGCACGGCCUUUCAAUGGCCGUGGGCUCGCCUCAGGAGUAAGGGAAGCCGAUGUCGGCGACGCCACACUUCGGCCAGAGGUCCAGUUCCAGGAGCAGCCUCUCCGAGCGGAUGCAGGCCAGAGCUGGGUUCAGCGUCGCCAAGCUCAACAUGCGUGACAGCGAAUAUUCAGGAGCCCAGUCGCCUUACCUGGCCAUCCAGCCCGGCCUCAUCCCUGCGUCGCUGGUGGAAUCGCCUGUGUUCCACUCUAAUGCCAUGGGCAGAGGCCUCGCCAACAUCGGGGAAGUUACUCAUGCUUGGUGACACCAAUAACAACAAUAAUACUAGGCUUGAACCUCCCUCAAUUGAAGAUGGUCCCGGUGCAUUUUCUUUCAAGCCUUUGGACAUAAAAUCAUCACAGUACAGCGCUGAAGGGAAGAAGGGAUCUCUACCCAACAGUCAGCACCCAUUAGCACCAAGCAGAGAUGUUCCUGUCAAGACAAACCAACACUCAGACGACGACUCGAGGCGCCAGUCCGCAGUUCAACAACCGUCUCGCAGCUGACAGUGCCACUGCAGGCGGCAACAACAUCGCGCGGCCUCCCGAUCACCACAUAUAUUAGGAAGAUACGAGGGCUCGCGGGUGCCCGAUCAGUCAACCACGUAGGACGCGGACCAUCGUAGACCAUCUCUUCUUUUACUUUAUUCUUUCUCUUUAUACAUAAAUGAGGGUUUAAAACGAA